UCGAUGACGUUGUCAAUUUGACGAGACGAACAGUGCGUGAACGGUAUUUAGUCGAGUACAGUCAAGUAGCUGCCGUAGUGUCGGUUACUUUGGAUUAUGCAUUGUGAUCGUUCGCAGAUUUAAAGUUUCUUUUAAAAUCAUCAUCGACGUGCGAAACGUGCUUCCGCCAAACGUGAAAAAUGAAGACUACCCUCUCGUUGCUCCUGAUUAUCGGCGUUUUGUCGACUUGGGCCGCGGAAUGGAACACAAAGGACUACAUGAAACGAGAACAUUCUUUGAUUAGACCGUAUCAAGGUACAGGGGUGAUGAUACCUUACUGGGAUUUUAUGGGGAGUACAAUGGUAACAAAUAAUUAUAUAAGACUAACACCAGAUUUACAAAGCAAGCAAGGUGCCUUAUGGAAUUCUAUUCCAUGUCAUGUAAGAAAUUGGGAAUUACAAGUUCAGUUUAAAGUACAUGGAAAAGGAAAAGACCUAUUUGGAGAUGGUUUCGUGAUUUGGUAUGCUAAAGAAAGGAUGAAACCAGGUCCAGUAUUUGGAAAUGAAGACUACUUCCAAGGGCUAGCAGUAAUACUUGAUACAUAUAGCAAUCAUAAUGGUCCACACAAUCAUCAACAUCCUUAUAUCUCAGCAAUGAUCAACAAUGGAUCCUUGCAUUAUGAUCAUGACCGUGAUGGCACUCAUACACAACUUGCUGGAUGUGAAGCAAAGUUCAGGAAUUUAGAUUAUGAUACACAUCUAGCUAUAAGAUACGAAAAAGAUACUUUAACUGUUUCCAAGGAUAUUUCUAACAAAGCAGCAUGGAAAGAAUGUUUCUCAGUGAAGGAAAUUAAGCUUCCAACAGGAUACUAUAUUGGAAUUUCAGCAACUACGGGUGAUCUCUCUGACAAUCAUGACAUAUUGUCGAUUCGUCUGUUCGAGUUAGAGGUACCGGAUGAUCUGAAUGAUGAAGAAGAUAGAUCUCAAAUUGUGCCAUCAGCAGCAUUCUUUGAGGCGCCAAGAACACGCGUUGAAGAUUCGAAAGAGCCCAUGAGUAAUAUGAAGUUGUUCCUAAUCUUGCUACUUGCCACAUUGGUAAUAAUAAUUUUUGUUAUUGGCACCAUUAUGUUAUAUCAGCAACAACAAGAAAAUAAAAGAAAACGUUUUUACUAAGUUAUCUCUUAGCGUGUCUUGAGCAUCGCAGCUCAUUAGUUUCUUCUUUACCCGGAAUUUUUUGUACCUAAGAGAUGUAGAUUAUAAUAUGCUCAUAAGACUGUCUGCUUUAUUUUUUUUCAAAAAUAGAAGCGAGCCAAAAUUUUUCUUGCACGAAUAAAAUAUUCAGGGUAAAAGAAGAAAUGCGCAUAGACUGAUUGGUAUGAUAUCUUUACACAUAAAUAUACAGUUCUACAACACCUGUUGUUUCACACCUGUUUUUUUUUUUACAAUUCUACAAGUUUACAUCAAAAAUUCAUACUGCGUUGAAAUGGUAUAAAUUUAUGUGAUAAAACUAUUAAACUAGCGUCAUACGUGGCAUUUCUUGCCUUCUGACAUACACCGACACACCAUAGCCAGCCACUGCAUGGAUUAUUACUGUACAUUGGGAGAUUUAUAUAGUGAGCCGAGCUGCGUACAUGUUCAGACAACAUGAAAUCGUGCAUUGUGUGAUGCUAGUUUUACGCCGAUCCGUGUGUGUGCAAACAUUCUAACAAAUCGCGUAAAUUUACGGAAUGUUGCUACAUUUAUACGUUAAAUCGUAGUGCCAGUGAUUAUUUUUAAUAUACAUUUACUUGAUAUUAUAAGAGAACGGAACAUAGUAGAAUCGAAAAAUGUAAAAAUAAUUAACAAACUAGUUGGAAGGAAUAUUGGUCAAUUAGAAAGAUUUUAUAUUCCCAACUUAUUUUACGUUUCUUCGAUUGUACGAUGAAUUACGCUCCAGUCUGUACAGAUUCGUUACCAAAGUCAUUAUUUCUUCAAAUGGCACGAGGAUUUGACGAAAUAAAUUUUUAUGAAUAUAACGAUAUAUAUAUAAAUAUACGGUGGGAGGAUAUCAUAGUUAACUUGAACGUAUUGUCGUGUACAUAUUACUAGUUGUAUUUUAGAAAGGCCUUGGGAGAACAUGUGUAGUAUUUGUGUUAAUUUCAAGCCAAACGUUCAAAAUAGCAGUUUUUUUUAACUGUGUAGGUUGAAGAACUAAUGGAGAAGGCUAAUUUUAAUUAAAUAUAGAAUUUUAUAAAUUUGUAGAAAGCAGCAUAUGACCCUUUCGCUACGAGCAACUAUAAACGACUGUUAAGAAUGAAAAAUGCUACUCUAAUGGCUUCUUUUUUAUAACUUAUACGCUUGUUUACAUUAUUUUAUGUAGCAACAAACGGAGCUGUAUAUAUAACAGUAAAGCUCCAUGUUCAACUUAGUCAUAACGAAAGGGUUAAAGAAACAAAAUAGAUGGGAAUGAUAACAAGAGACGCGAAAGUGUCUCUUGUGUCCAGUAUAUAUUUAUGAAGGAUACUACUAUUGUUUCUGGGGCGAAAGAUGGCAAAAAUAAUCAGACGUAUCUUUUAAACAAAAUAUAGUUUCUACUCUCUCUUGCGCAGUUACUCCUACUUUAGAUUGGGUAAUAAUUAUUUUCGUAUACAGGUUAGAUACAGUGAAAAAGACUUUAUUAACAGAUUAGAUUUUAUAUCUGUACAUAAAGGAAAUUAACAUUAUACUCGAAACUCCCACAUUGCAUAAUAGUUAAUAAUUGUUUACAAAGUGCAUGUACAUAUUUACAAAGUACAUGUAUUCACCAUAUUAAAUAGACUACUAAAUAUAUUAUAACGUAUGUAUGUAAUACAUAGGAUGCAAUGUGGGGGAUUCUACUACGUAUUUCGAUAUAAAACGAUUAUAUAAAUCUGUAUUGUAAUUCUUUUAUGUGGAAAUUAAAAAGAAGGGAACCAAACUAUUUAAUAAAUGUGUUGUUAUGGAUAUAAAGUUAUCUUAAAAAAAAUAAUGAUGUAUCAUGAUCCUGUUGCCAAAUACAAAAUAAAUAUGUCUAUAAUUCUAAA